AUGAUUUUGCUGCUGCCCGUGUGUGUGAGCACUCCGGCAGAAGGCGGAAACAAAAGGGAGGGAUGCAGGCGCUGCGUGUGUGUGUGUGUGCAGGUGACAUGCAACAACGUCACAACAAACAUGCUGCGACUCGGUGACCCUCACAUCGUUGUGGUCCUCACGAACAGCCGAGGCACGGCCCACACCGAUGCACUUAGUGGACGGAGUGAGGCAUCUUUUGAGGUGCUGCAGGAAACAGGAUGUGUUGACGCAGCCACGACGUGCAUGGAGUGUCACGAUGGCACAGUCAGCUGUGGCUGGUGGAAUAUUUACUUCUCGGAGGCAACACAGAGAGAGAGAGAGAGCUGCUCCUGCUGCUGGCGUCGUUGCUGCCUCUUGUGGCCUCUCAUGCCGAUUAUUGUCUGUCCGCUGAUCGUGGGUGGCAUUCCUCCACUAGUGGCGUCGUCUGCAUGCAUUUCACAGCACCAGUGA